GUCGUCGUCGAUUACCACCUCAAGGAAGUCAACAACAGAGUCUUCGCGUGUCGCUCAAUGAUAUAUACGAAUUGACGCUGGUUUCAACGAGACAUUCGUAUCGCGAUCGUCGUCAGUUCGAUAACUUAGUGGCAACGCAAGAAUCUUAUCACAGAACAACGGUCGGGGUUUUUUGUGUGUUGUACAAUAAUCCAUUCAGUGCUGGCUGACUGUUCUUUUUUUUGGAUGAAAAUUGAACGUGACUAGUGAAAACGUCGAUUUGAUAUCAAUUCGACCAGAAUCUUGUGCAAUUGAAGAAUGGUUACAGCAUUAUUGGUUGAAUGAAAUUGGCACAAGUGUUAUUUGUUCUAGCCUAAAAGUAACUGCAAGAGCAUAAAACAUAAACCAUGAAGUUGGAAGAAAGUUCAUUAGAGAGCAAACAGGUAAAUGAGGACAGGAUCGGCAAAGAAGAUGAUGUCAACUUCAAAGCCGAUCGCUCUGCACAGAACGACAGUCCUCCACCACCUUAUCCGGAUGACGCUGCAGCUGAUUAUCGCGAGCUAACGACGUGUCUUACGCCUCUGAAUACAAUUGCCGUUAAACCAGCAGUUGCAGACGAGAAACGAAACCUGGAGGGCUCAUCAUCGGGUGGAACCGAAAUUCAUUCCACCUCCAAAGGAGUUUUCCAUCAGAUUCUUGUCACAUGUGCGGUGCUUCUGCUGGCUGCGGCCUGUGGCAUGCCGAUAGGAUACUCCGCUGUACUGCUGCCCCAGUUGUACAAUGCCAGCGAGCCGCUCUUUAUCGACGUCGAGAUGGGAUCGUGGAUUGCAAGCGUUCACAGCCUGGCAACGCCGAUCGGUUCCUUCGCUUCCGGACCGAUAAUGGAUCGCUGGGGACGCAAACCUGCCCUGCUCCUAGCGAUCGUGCCCCUCAUAAGUGGGUGGAUCUUCCUAGCUCUCGCAUCGUCGCACAUCAUCAUCCUCACUGGUCGUGUGGUGGCCGGGAUUUCCGUUGGCUUAAUAGCUGCCCCCGCACAGGUCCUAUUGGCCGAAAUUGCUGAACCACGACUGCGCGGUCUACUGAUUGGAGCCCCGUUCGUUUCGUACUCGCUGGGAAUUCUGAUGGUGUACGCCAUGGGCAGUUAUCUUCAUUGGCGCCACGUGGCUUGGGGCGCAACUGUGCUGCCAGUUUUAUCAUUUAUCGCCAUUGCCCUUGCACCGGAAACACCCGUUUAUCUGGCCCGAAACAAUCGACUUGAGGAAGCAUCGAAAGCACUGACUUGGCUGCGCGGCUGUCCAAUUCAAGCGAAAAAGGAACUGCGACAGUUGAUCGAACGUUCCCAGAAGGAAGCGCUAGAAGAUGCCGGUCGCAGCAACUGGAAGGCUUUGACCGAAAUAGCUCUCAUCAAACCACUAAUCAUCAUCAACGGGUUCCACGUGCUUCAGAUUCUUUCGGGAACAUAUCUGGUGGUAUUCUAUGCCGUCGAUAUUAUCUCGGAUAUGGGUGGCAGUGACAUAAAUAUGAUGCAAGCAGCCGUUUUAACUGCAGUUGUUAGGCUUGCCUUCACAUUCGUUUACUGCUUUCUGCUGUUAGUCAUGCCCCGACGGAUGAUGAUUAUCGGCAGCGGGCUGGGUUCGGGAAUAAGCUGCCUCGCUAUCGCCAUAUUCAUGUACAUUCGAUUGGACGCCAUCAAAACGCCGAUGGACACUUACGUGGCAGCUGUUUUCAUCCUGAUCUACAUCGGAGCAAAUACGGGCUUUAUGACCAUGCCGGGAAUCAUGAUUGGGGAGCUGCUUCCAGCCAAAAUACGAGGGCAAAUUGCGGGCUACCUUUUUACCAUAUUCAACCUAUUCCUGUUCGGAGUAGCCAAAGGAUUUCCUUAUGUGAAGGAAACGUUGAAAACGCAGGGUCUGUUCCUCGUGUUCGGAUUCGCUUCGUUUGGGGCAUCAAUUUUACUGUACCUUAUGCUUCCGGAAACCAAGGGCAGAACUCUCCACGAGAUCGAGGAUUAUUUCCAGCAGAAAAAUUGGUUCUGGAUUACUCGAAGGCGCGAAAAAUCAAACCGGUCUUUCAGCGAUGAGGAAGGCGAGCCCUUGAAGAAUAUAAAAGUUUAACAAACGUGCGUAUGCUUGAGCAAGUUUCGUUUGAUAUUUAGUGUGCGUGUGCUUGUGUGAUGAAACCCAGAGUAGAAAACUAUUGUGAUAUUAUCAGGUAGACUAAGGUGUUACAAAUGCAAAGUAUUUAUAAUAUGUAAGGCUUUUUGUGUAACUGGAGAGAUAUUGGAUUUUUGAGUUUAUUAAAAA